ACAGCAUGCAGGAUAUUUCUAAGAGAAAGGCAUAUCUUCGGAAACAUUUUGUCACCAAACACUUCAGGCCCAGGUACCUCUUGGGUAUUAAAGUAGCCAAAAGUAAGGAAUGUAUAGUGUUGUCCCAAUGCAGGUGUGCGCAUAUAAGGAUGGGGAAGUCAUAAUAGACACAGCUGCUGGAACACUUGGAAGAUACGAUCCAAGGCCUGUUCAACCUGAUAGUCUUUUUCCAGUAUUCUCAGCUACAAAGGGUAUUACUGCAGGAAUGAUACAUUGGCUCGUAGACAAUGGGAUACUAAAGCUUGAUGAAAAUGUGGCUAGUAUUUGGCCAGAUUUUGGUUCCAACGGGAAAGAGCAUACAAAGGUUUUCCAUGUUCUCAACCAUACGACUGGACUCCACAAUGCCAUGGGAGAUGUCAUCAAGGAGAACCCUUUGGUCAUGUGUGAUUGGGCUGAAUCUUUAAAGCACAUUGCGAGAGCCACACCAGAGACUGAACCUGGUUCUGAGCAGAAAUACCACUACUUGUCUUUUGGUUGGAUUUGCGGCGGAGUUAUAGAGCAUGCAUCUGGCAAGCGCUUUCAAGAGAUUCUGGAGGAAGCAAUUGUGCACCCUCUCAACAUUGAAGGUGAACUCUACAUUGGCAUUCCACCAGGGGUAGAAUCACGAUUAGCCACUCUUACAAUUGACACAGAGGACCUUGAAGGAAUAUCCAAGUAUGCAAGCAUGCACGGGGAAGCUGCCUCUCUGAACUCAACUGAUGUGCUUUCGAUGGUGUCCAACAUCCCGGUGACUUUCAACAUGCUUCCUGUGAGGCGUGCAAUCAUACCCGCUGCCAACGGCCACUGCUCUGCCCGUGCACUGGCUCGCUAUUAUGCAGCUUUGGCUGCUGCAGGAAACAUUCCCCCUCCUCACACAGGAAGUGAUCCACCUCUCGGAAGUCACCCCCACAUUCCAAAAUUCCUUUCCGAAAAUGACACCAAAAAGUUGAAAGGUAGAAAGAAUGCAACAGCAGCCACAGAAGAUUCUGAACACAGUAGAGACCGCAGCAGCCGUAGAAAAGGUUACAGAGCUAUAAGCACUCACGACCACGACAUUGAUGACAAACGCAAACACCGCACAGUAGGUGGCCAGAUGUUUACUAACCCUAGGAUACAUGACGCGUUCAUGGGAGUAGGUGAGUACUACGGAGACAUGGUUAUACAGAAUGGAAAGUUUGGGCUGGGUUUUAGGAGAUUUCCUUCGGGACGACUGGCUUCCUUUGGACACUCUGGAAUCGGAGGAUCGACGGGGUUUUGUGAUGUAGAGAACCAGUUUGCAAUGGCCAUAACGGUGAACAAGAUGUCAUUUGGAGGUGUAACGAGGAAGAUAGUCCAGUUAGUCUGCUCCGAGCUUCAGAUUCCUGUGCCCGAGGAGUUCUCAAUAUCUGGAGACAGAGGGCCAGAUACGCAGUUCAAUUUGGGAAGGACUUCUGCACCCACUACUGCAUGAGUGACUCACCGUCAUGCAAAUCUUCCAUAUCUUUGCUAUGUUUUUAUUUAGUUAAUGGCGAUAAUCAACGCCAUUUAUAUGGGGAUCAAGCAUGUUUGUGACGGUGAUAAUAUGGUAUAGCAGUUAAUUGAUUAUGGUUCCGGGAAAAUGAGAUGGUUUGCCAUGUGUAAUUAGUGCAACUGCUUGAGAACCCCAUUGCUGAGGUCAGAAUCGCAGUUGCCAGAAUUUUGCCCCACUUUAUCAGGCAAGCAGUAAACUCUUUCAACGUGCAACAACUUUCUCAGCAUGCAUUUGACACAUGGCUCGUUCGAUUUCGUUUUUCCAACCUGUCGAAUUUUGUGUAUUAAACAUCUAGAAAUUCACACGAGAAAGGCUUCAUUGUUUUGGCAAUAUUUUGCGGCAGCUCGGAUUCAAAUGUUUCGGACAUGGAUGCUUGUAGAUUGAAAUCUAAUUUUGUUUUCGCGAC